GAUAACCAUGCUGCAGCGCCUAUCUGGCACUUAUAAGGCUCGACCAACGCCGCGCUUCCCAACUGCCUACCACCAUAAGUACUACGACUACAACCACAACCACGCGCCACACCCACAAGAUGACUUCGCCACCGCCCGUCUUGUCACUAUACCGGGACCCAAGCCGAAUCUGGCCCCACGAAUUCCACUUCGGACCACCGACGGACGAGACAGAAGAUAUCACUUUCUACAUGCCCGGCGGCUAUCAUCCAGUCCGCAUCGGAGAAGUGUUCAGCGGCACCAAAGGCGACUACAGGAUCAUGCACAAGCUCGGCCAGGGCGCGUUCGCCACGGUGUGGCUCGCCCAAACCGUCUCCUCGAGGGCCUUUGUGGCGCUGAAGAUACCUACAGCCGGCGAGCAUGGGUUCGAUGAGGCCGAGAUGCUGGAGCUGGCGAACACGGCAGCUGGCUCGGACCACCCUCGCGUCUCCGAGUUCAUCAACAAGAUUCCCAUCCGCGGCCCAAAUGGGCUUCAUUGUGGCAUAGUGACGGACGUUGUCGUCCCGCUGGCCUCAGCAGGAGUCGGCUUUCAACCUCGUUGGUGGCGGAAAGAAGUUGUAUAUGGGAUGGUGCAGGCGAUGGCGCAAAUUCACCGCGCGGAUAUGGUUCACGGUGACUUCCACAUGGCGAACAUAGGUGUCACCGUCCCACUGCCCACUGACGUUCAGGCUCAAGAAAAGCUCAUGCAAGACCUCGGCGAGUACGAGCUAACCAUCGUCCUCCCUAUCGAUCCGGCGAAGCAAACGGCCUCCCUACCCCCUUACAUCGUUACGCCAUGCCGAUGGGCUGACUACUUCUUUAACGAUCUCGGUGAGAUGAAGCCGCAAAUCAAGGUCUACGACUUUGGGAACGCGUACAGAGUGGGCACAGAAAACCCGGCCUUCAGGUGUGCUGUGGAGGCAUACGCGCCCGAAGUCGCCUUCGCCGAGUGUUUCAAGAAGAAAGAGCGCGUCCCCAUCGCAUUUUCCUCUGACGUCUGGGCCCUCGGUUCUGCGAUCUUCGAAACCAUCACCGGCACCACCCUCUUUCGCAACAAUCUGCCCAGCAUGCUGCCCGAACGCGCUGUUCACAUGGCAGGCAAAGUCCCGCCAGAGUGGCAGGCCUGGUGGGACAGCAAACCUCGCGAGCCUCUAUCUGGGAACCCAGACGCAUGGUGGGAAUCCCCGGAGCAGCGAGACUGGAUCGUUAAUGGGUGCGCGGACGAGCAAGAUGCCAAUGCGGCCAUUUGCUUGCUCAGAAAGCUGCUUGCGCUGGACCCCUCCUCGCGACCUUCUUGCGAGGAGAUUUUGCGAGAUCCGUGGUUCAAGGGCAUGGCACCGUAGCGAGCUCAGGGAAGAAGGACGCCGCACCAGGCGGACACGAGUGACAUCGUGAACUUUCAGUCCAUUUUCGGUCCUGGCCACGGACCGUCUCACCAACUCCACGUCGACCUAAUGGUCCCUGUUCUGACGCAUCGACAAAGCAGCGGGCUCGCUGUAUUUCACGGUCAUGCGUAUCGUAGUUGAUACAGCGAAUGGGAACAUCUGCGAAGGAAUUACAGGGCGUACAUGUAGGAUGCGUCCAUUGAACAGUAAUUUAUGAUGGGCAGGGAUCCUGUGGUUUCCCUCCAGGUCCAUGAGUCCGAGGAGCGAGUUCAAUCUCUUCACUGCACGCAAUAAUGAUAGUACCGGAACAAUCGGUACCGGACGUAUGGUAUUCGUCGCAGAGCGGCUCUUCGAGCUCAAAAUUAGUGUCUGUCCCCCGCCG